AAUCGCAAUGGAGGACCUACCGAAACUUCCCGGGAACGACUUUGUCAAUCGUCUGCGCCAGAAGCACCACGUCCCACAGAGCUUCAAGUACAUCAACGGCUACCCGAUCCCGGUGAAACCGAUCUGUGGCUUCGGUGGUGAACAGCUGAACGAAGAUUCCAUCUACUACUGCACGGACGAAACGGAUGCCGUCCUGUACGAUCCGAUUCUAACCUACGGACGCGUCCGGAAGCUACCGGUCAAACCAUACCGGCCACACUUUGUGCUGUACGACCAGAAGACGCUUAAGUUCAAUGCGUUCUUCCGGCAAGGCGUACCGGAAUCGCCGAAGGAAACCUUCCGCAUUCGGUACGUCAACAUUCUGUACUUUCUGGAAGAUGACACCAUGACCGUACUGGAACCGGUUAUCGAAAACUGCGGCUACCCGCAGGGUCGCCUUGUUCGGCGGGGUAAGAUCAUGAAAAACUGCCUGGGAGAGUUGUACAGCUGGAAGGAUCUGAACAUCGGAAUCGAUUUGGAGAUACAUGGGUACGUGUUCCAUAUUACGGAUUGUGAUCCGUUUACGAAGGAGUUUCUGCUGAGCAAUGGAAUCGAGUUGAACGAGAUGGAAUUCCCACCGCCGGAUCCGGCCAUGAACGAGAGGUCCAUCAGCGAGAGACAGACCUUCAAGCACCACAAGAUGUACCCGGUGCCGGAGGACAAACUGAGGAAAUAUCUGGAGUACCAGGGCAAAGUGCUGCAUUUCGAUUGCCUGCUGGAUAAACCGGACCAACCCGGAGGGAUAAGGAUGACCUACAAGCUGUUCUACUUCCUGGAAGACGACACGGUAUCGAUCAAGGAGCUGAAGGAGAAUCAGGAAGGGCGGGAUUACUUCCCGAUGCUGCUGCGGAAGCAGAAGCUGCCGAGGAAUUGGACGGAGAAAUCAGCCACCUACCCUUCGAUCUGUAUGGAGCUGUCCGAUCACGAAGUGUCCGAAUACUACUCGCCCAAGGACUUCCUCGUCGGUGCAACCAUUUUCGUCUUUGGACGAAAAUUCUUACUUCUGGACUGCGAUCGCUUCACCCGGAGCUACUAUGAGAAAGUUCUGAAAAUCAUCCAACCCGAUCCGGUCCGCAUGGGAAGCCCUGAACCUCGAACCCCUCGCAAGGAACUGCCCACCUACCUUGGUCUGGGUACCCCGGAGGAUUCGAUCGCAUCACAUCACAGUCUGGUUCCGAAAAGCCCCCGCAAAGAUGUCGUUACUUACUUGGUCAACAUGAACAAGUACCUUCGCUACGGUUGCAUACUGGACAAUGCCCACCCGGAGGAUACCAUCCGCAAGUUUGUGCUCAGUUUGUCCCUUGCGGAUGGAACACUUACGAUCAUGGAAUCUACUAUUCGUAACUCUGGCAUCCGUGGGGGACGGUUCCUAUCACCCACGAAAGUUUGGAAACCGGAUUGUAACCCGAACGUCCCGGAAUACUACACGGCAAGGGAUUUCUUCAUCGGGGCGAUCAUUAUCGUUUACUCGCAUCGGUUCAAAAUCGUUAGCACGGACCUGUAUGUGUACCGGUACAUGCAAGCCCAUCCGGAAAUGUUCGCUUCGAGUGCGAUGGAAACUGUUCGAAAUUAUCUUCUAUCGGAGGGACACCUGAGAGAUGAUUUGAGACAAGCUAUCGAAGAGGACUGCCAACGGUAUGGACCACCACAGGCACCGGAAGUAGAACCAAACAACGAUAAAGGAGUGGGUGAGGUUGACAAACGGCUGCAUGACUUCAAGCUGGAAGAUGCUAAGAUGAAGGAAACCCCACUUCCAGCCUUGGUUCAAGCCGACAGGCAUCAAUGUCCAUCUCCGAUCAUUCCAGAUGAGGAAAUCAAAAAGACCUACCACUCGAACGAGCAAAUGGAUCUGUUGCUGCAAGGACAGAUUGAGGGCGAGGACGUGGUCAAAAUGGGCAAAAUAGUACGAUUUGAGGAUGGUUGCUAA